ACAGGCGCGACUCAACCUGUGGAAGCCGCGAUGAACAGCUGAUCCUCCCGCAGUGGAUAAAAAAACUGCCACAAUGGUCACCGCCAAGUCAUGAUUUCUCAACCCACGCACGGCACUUUGAAUAGCUCUUGGAGAAGCAGACAAAGGAAGAUCACUAACAGGGAAACAGAGUGGAGAGAGUGAAGGAGCGUUUGAUUUUGUCACGGUUUGGACCUGUUGAUCAUCAGUGUGACAGAGGGACACUGAGCGCUCAGCCUUACCUGCCGCUGCCUGCUCCGCGCUCACCGACGCUCAAUUAUGUUAUUGUCAAGUUUUCUUAUCUUCACCUUUUCUCACUUUUUGGCGCCUCUGCUUCUCUGUUACCUGCCUCAAGUCUCCGCACAGAGGUCUAGUUCACGGUGGCUGAUUGGAGACAGUCACUGUGGGGUCAUCUGCUCACGGACGCAGGGGAAGCCGGUGUGCGGCUCAGACGGACGGAACUAUGAGACCGGCUGUGAACUGCAGAGGGCGCGGUGCAAAGAUAAGACACUCACACUUGCACACCGUGGCCGGUGUCGAGGUAAGAACUGGGUGAAAACUGAUCAGUUGCCAGUGGCUUCAGCACCAACCUCUACAUCUGAGGGGAGAGACCUGGAGCUGAAAGAUGCAGGUCAGUCCAAGUGUCGUGUUGAGAGGAACCAGGCUUUGGAACAAGCCCGAAGACCUCAGGAGUCCAUGUUUAUCCCAGAAUGCAAUGAAGAUGGAACAUUUGCCCAGGUCCAGUGCCAUACUCUGACAGGUUACUGCUGGUGUGUCACCAGUGACGGCAAGCCAGUGAGUGGCUCCUCUGUGCAAAACAGGACCCCGGUGUGUUCAGGAAACUUCCAUGAAUUUAUGGGAACUCAUGCUGCGACAAGUGGAUUGUCAGGGUCAGUAACCGAUAAACCACCUGGGCCACCGAACUCUGGUAGAAAAGUUUCUUUCCGUUUCUUUCUCACCCUCAACCCAGACGAUGGCUCCAAGCCCACACCCACCAUGGAGACUCACGUCCCCCCCGAGGGUGAUGAGAUAACUGCUCCGACGCUGUGGAUAAAACAGCUGGUGAAGCAGAACAGCUCCACUUCAAGGAAGCAAGAGAAAGUUCCCUCUUGUGACCAGGAGAGACAGAGCGCCCUGGAUGAGGAUCGGCAGAGCCCUCGUGAGGCCAUUUUCAUCCCCGACUGUGGACCCGGAGGCCUUUACAAACCAGUCCAGUGCCACCAGUCCACAGGCUACUGCUGGUGUGUUCUGGUGGACACGGGACGGCCCAUUCCUGGAACCUCCACCAGGUACCAGAAGCCGGAGUGCGACAGCGCUGCGCGAUCUCGCAUCUCAGACACAGAAGAUCCCUUCCAGGGCAGAGACCUGACAGGCUGCCCAGAGGGGAAAAAAGUGGAAUUCAUUACAAGCUUGUUAGAUGCCCUCACCACAGACAUGGUGCAAGCCAUAAACUCACCAGCCCCCUCUGGUGGUGGGAGGUUUGUUGAGCCUGACCCCAGUCACACUUUAGAGGAGAGGGUGGUGCACUGGUACUUUGCCCAGCUGGAUAACAAUGGCAGCCAUGACAUAAACAAGAAGGAACUAAAACCUUUCAAGAAGUACCUGAAGAAGAAAGCCAAACCCAAGAAAUGCUCCCGCAAGUUCAUUGACUACUGUGACCUGAAUAAGGACAGGGCCAUUUCUCUGCAGGAGCUGAAAGGCUGCCUGGGCGUCAGCAAGGAGGGCAGCUCAACAACAAGUGGCAACCAAGGGACAAGGCAAGGGACAAAUUUGUUCAUAGGUCGUCUGGUGUGAGCAGAGAAGGAUCCAGAAGCUGAGACGAGAGCAGAGGGCACAGAGGGAAGGCAUCUGUACGCUUGCUGACAGGAAAGAGAAAGAUGGAGCAGAAAAAUUAAGAAGUUCCUGAGUUAAAAAAAAAAAAAAUGAACAGAAAAAAACAAGAAAAGAAAACGAAGCGGCGCCAAAAUAUUUGCACUUUCUCCUCCCUAUGUUUGACAUUUUAUCUGUUUGUACGUGUUGUUUUCUCCUGAAGUGACUGAAAAAGUCUAGGUAAGAAUGAGAAUAUAUUUGUAAAGAGAUUACCAGCUCACCACUGGAAAAGCGAGUACGUUCAUGUUACCACAUCGCCCCUUGUGUUCAGUCUGCUACAUUUAGUGGCUAUAAAAAUAAACAAACAUGUCCCCUGUUACAAAUAGCAGCAUGUAGGCAGCGGCAGCCCACUAAAGACGAGCUUAGAUUGAGUCAGUUCAAAUGUUGCUUGAUACAUACAAACUUGUGAAGGAAGAACUACCAGUUCAAACGAAUGUGUCAUGUUGUAUGUGAACAUGCGAUAUUAAGUGAACUGCAUAGAAUUAAACUGUGAUCACAAAGUCUAAUUUAUCAGCACAGAAUUAGCUGUAUGAAUCCCCUUGCACUGCAAAAAACAUUUCGAAGGCAUUAACAUUUUGGCUCAAGAAUCACGUGUUUGUGAACAAGGUCUGAUAUUUGUCACGUCUGUUUCUUGUUCAUUAAAUACCAGCGUUGGGGAAAGCUAGCUGUGAAUAAGUAGUUACUUUACUAGCUUACUUAAAAGUACUUUCUGUGAAACCCAAAACCAAUUCAAGGUCAUUAUGUUGUAUGUAGUUUGUAGUUUUCUUGGUUAUUAGCAUGUUGUCUGCACAAGAUGCCUUGAGGUUGUUUUUCUACUUGUUUACAGAAUUUGUGCUAACAUAAAACAAAAUAAUUAUAGUAAAGAGAAAAAGCAAAAAGUAACAGAUCAUGGGAAAACCAUCAUCUUCCCCUCAAAACACUGCUACAGUAUAUACACAGUUCUACCAGUAUACUAAUGCAGCAUACAUGUGGCAGUAUGAGCAUAUCAAAGCUGAUUAAAGCUUAGCAGAGGCACUCCAAAACUAGAGACAAACAAUCUUGAAAUAUUAUUAUGGCUAAUAUGCUUGCAAAUAGUUGCCUUCUUAGAGAUGUAGCAGCCACAGAAGAAAAUUAUCAUCCCAACCCAAGUCUAAUAUUCACUUUCCUUUUUGCUCUGAUUUGGUCCCGGCCAACUCCUGAGAAAAAUAUCUGGUUCAUUAGCUGCUAAAUGCUUCAUUGUGUUCACUAGCUAGUUGCUAACUUUGUCGAUCUGGCAUUUGGUGCUAAGCUGUAAGGGUACAGUGGGUUUAAUUUGCAGUCUGAUGAGAGCACUGAGACAGAACUAUACAGUAAAGCUAUCAUAAAAACAAUGAACUAAAAGAGGUUGAUUAAAAGAGGUUGACUAAUGCAGCUUUAAGUUCAAACUACGAUGAUGGCCAUUGGUUUACACAUAUCUCACACACCGUGUCACACUGUUGUCUAAUUUUAUGUCAAGUCACAAGUCAUUGUGAUUAGUUUUCUCACUCUACUAAGUUAAUAUUAAUGUCUAUUUUCUACACAACCCGAAAGACAGUGAGAGAGCUUGGUAUUUCCAGCAUGUUUCCAGAUGCUAUUGAAUUUCGUUUUUGAGUGCUGAUCAAGAGUUCACCAGCUUCUACUGGUUAUCAUUACAAAUGGCGACAGCAUUAACAAAUCACUGGUCUCCUGGUUGAUUUUUCCAAAACAGAUUACAGACUGAACCUAACCAGUAAAUGUGAGUAAGAUGUUUACAUGGGCCAGUAUCCCAUUAAUAUCAGCUCAUUUCAGCUGUGAUAUCCACAUUUCUCCUUGUUAUUGUAAACAAGAUGUGGCAUUUAUAAAUGCCUAGUACCUAAAAUAAAUAUUUGAGUCUGCCCGGUAUUAUCAGAGUACAUUUUGUGUAUGAAAGCACAAUCAUUGUCUGUCCUCCAACAGUUGAUGUCAGUGCUUCUCUGUGAAACACUCACCACCACUCACACUUGGAGCUUUGCCACCUUAUGUAAGACAAAUGCAGUAAGUCUUAAAAUACCCCCCUGGGGUUUCCGAUUAAUAGGAACGUGACUGAGCAAAGGAGGAAAAACACUAGAGACAGACCUUAUGAACAAGUUUUGGAAUGUGAUAAAAUUUCCUCCUCACAUUUGGGAACAAUUGGGUUUCAAGAAAGGAGAAUUGCUAUUGUGGUCUGAAUGCUUGUGUUAUUUGUUUUGAGUUGUGUAUUUCUUACCAUAUUCCCAAGAGUCACUGCAGUGGCUCAUGAACAUGAGACAAAAAAGGCUCCUAUUGUAAAUAUGUACAAUAACCUUUAUUUGUUUAUUUGUUUUACUAAAUUGCAUUGUGGGGCAUAUGGGUGUUCACUUACUUCACUGUCAUUCUGGCUUAUUUUUAAAAAAAUAUAUACUUUUCUGUGUUUACAUCAUGUCAAACAUUAGGCUAUUACAGUAGCUAAUUCACAACAUUGAAAUGCUUAGACCAGACUGUAUGUUAUCAGCUCAGAGCAGUGUUUAUUUUAUCUGUGGUGGGGUUAAUUGACUUUUUCGGCUUCUGUUGUACAAUUCCUGUCAUCGUCACUAUACAUGGUCAAGAAUGUAUACAGUAUCUGGUAUCAGUAUCCGUCUAAUUUGAACUGGACAGUUAUGCCAAGAAUGGGAAAAGAAACCUGUCUGUCUGAAAGGGCUGUGCCGUCUCUCCCGAGUGCCUGUUUCAGUCCAGGUUUGAACACUAGGCUUGUGUGUGCGUCUGCUGAAGUGCUUCCAGACGCUGUAGAGCUGCAGAUUACAUGCAAGAUCUAAAACAACCUAACAGGCUAGUAAUCACCACUAAUCAUGAUGGGGGGACGUAUAGUGAAAGAGGCUUAAAGAUGACUGUCAGUCUGACAGCAACAAGCCAAGACUGUCUUGCUCCACAGCAGCCGCUUUUCCACUGCAAAGCCCUGACUGGCUUGUCAAGACAAUCCCAAGAUGUUUUGACAAUAUUUCUUAUUCAUAGCUGUCAGAAAUGUGAUCUGUUGGAAAACAAAACGCUGAGACGUGUUGUCUUUGGGUGAAAUUGGACAAUGUAAAUUAUGUGGCUUGAGGUGCAGCUGUUUGGCUCUGGCGACAAAACCUAAAAUGCUUGUUCACUGUAAUAUAGGCCUGAAUUCCUGAGCUAUUUGAACCUGUGUCACACACAAGACAAAAUAAUAGAACGGAUCACCUACACCUUGGAUAAGGCCCCAGGGAAUGAAAGGACCACUGUACACUAUUCUUCAAGCAUCUACCUGUUUUGAGUCAAGUUGGCGACAGUACAAAUGUUAAAGUAUUUUUAAAAACUUGUUAAUUCUGAAACUGGAACAAUGUUCAGAUGGAUUUUUCUUUUGCAUAACUAGUGUUUCUCCUCUGUUCCCACUUCAAUUAAACCAUCAUAAUUACACUUGUACAUGUGGUACUGUAAUGCUAGUAAACAACAACAAAAGCAACAAUAAUAUGGAACUGAUCCAUGAUACUGUUUUACACCACAUCUAUUCAAACUAUGCUCAGUUUGGACAUGUUGUGCAGUGGGAAAGCAUUAACAGAAGACAAGCUCUCAGAGAGGUGGGAAAGAAGGAGUUCAACACUGACCCCUAAUGGUGAAGAUAGUUCACUGCAGGCUGCAAGUUCACACACACUGAACCCCGAUAGCCAGGUAUACACACACAUACUGCACAGCAUCAGCCAAGCCAAUUGAGUUUCAUGAAUUGACAAUAAAUAUUUUUAAAGAAA